AUUCGGUCACGUGGUCAGUUUGGCAGGCACGGCACGACACGAUCGGGCCGUCGCGCUAUAUAUAACGUCGCCACAGCUCUCGCCACCUCCACCACCACCAGUGCCCAGUCCUCCCACAGUCACACAGAGCAAGAAGCUAGAGCAGUGUAGUAGGCGAGAACACAAGACAAGAGAAGAAGCGAGAGGGAGCUAAACAGCUACCAGCAAUGGCGCUCGUUCCUCUCUUGCUGUCGCUGCUCCUCGUCUCCUGCGCCGCGCAGUCGCCAGCCUCGUCGCCGUCGGCGUCGAACGCUGCCCCGGCCACUGCCUUCCCGCCGCAGACAUUCGCCGCGGCGCCGACCACGACCAAAGCCUCGGCUGCCUCGCCCUCUCAGGUGUCUGCAGCACCGCCAACCACCGCGGCCGCCUCGCCCUCUCAGGUGUCUGCAGCACCGCCAACCACCGCCGCCGCCUCGCCGUCGCAGGUGUCUGCAGCACCGCCAACCACCGCCGCCGCCGCCUCGCCGUCGCAGGUGUCUGCAGCAGCACCAACCACCGCCGCCGCCGCCUCGCCGUCGCAGGUGUCUGCAGCACCGCCAACCACCGCUGCCGCCUCGGCGCCACAGGUAUCUGCCGCUUCCUCACCGUCGCAAGUGUCCGCCGCGCCGCCAACCUUCACUUCCUCGGCGCCGCAGGCCGCAGCAGCAGCUCCGCCGACAACGGCUGCCUCCCCGCAGUUUGCCGCCACGUCAGCUCCGACAAAGAGCUUCGCCGCUGCACCAGUCACCGCCACGUCGCCUGCGGCGUCCACCGUUGCCUCUGCACCACUGACUGCCACUUCACCUGCCACCUCCUCGCCACCAGUCUCUGCACCCCCUCUCGCGGUGACCGCAGCCCCUCCGGCGACACCACCCACUGUCGCCGCGCCGCUUCCGGCCCCAGUGGCCGCACCCAUGGCCACACCACCGGCCACCGCGCCUCCCUCAAUGGCUCCGUCCCCCCUGCUCAUGGCCCCGGUGGCGGCGCCCAUCGCCCCGCCAGCGACAGCCCCCGCACCGGCGCCCAUGUCACCGGCACCGGCACCCAUGUCACCGGCACCGGCACCGGCUCCGAUCUUCGCCCCGACUCCGUCGCCCACGAUGGCACCGGAGCCGGCGCCGACCAUGGCGCCCGAGCUGUCGCCCAUCAUGGCCCCUUCGCUGUCCCCGCUCGGCUCGGCAGGCCCCGCGCUGGCGCCCGUGGCAGAGGAGGACUCGGCGGCCGGGAGCGCGCGCGCCGGCGUCGCCGCGCUCGCGGCGUUGGUUGCUGCCGGGCUCGUCGUCUUGUUUUAAUUGAUGGUUACUUUACUUUUGGUCAUCUUGUUUACACGAGCGUGUUGUCCCCGCCGACGUUCCUCUGGGCGUCGCAUGUACUGCGAAGGAUUCUUGGUGUACUGCAUGCACAUUGGUCAUUUAUUAAUUUCUUCUUAUAAAUAUAUGGAUGGAUGGAUGGAUGA